CAAAUUGCCUCGAAGUGCUCGUAAACAAAGUGGAUAGUAAGAUCUUCGGUAUACACGUUAAACUUAUCUAUUUGGACAUGGUGGGUUAAUUAAACUGUCGGAGAUGGAUAACAAACAAACAGUUGUUCAGACAAUAUUGCUGAUCGAUACAUUUCGACCUGAAAUUUUGAGUGACAAUCAAAGUUUACAAAAGUUUCGAGCUUUAGUGCUGACAUCAUUUCGUAUUUUAUGUAGUCUGCAGUCAUUCCAGGAAUCGAAGUCUGAUGGAAAACAGAAGCCCAAUAAAGAGAACGGAUUGAAAUGGAGUUUCAAGUUUUUUAAUUCACGAUCUUACAAGUCAUCCGCGAAACAAGUUAAUCUGAGGGACUUCAAACUGAGAUAUUUUGAACAGUUUGAAGCUAAGCUGAAAGAAACGAUUCAAGAGACAGUGGCUGAAAAAUUAGGAACCAAGACAAAAGUAACUGCAGCGGAAUGUCUACAGAAGGCCUUGACAGAAAUAGUCACAGACAUCCAGUGGCAAAUGCCAGAUACAGCAUCACCAAUGAAGGGAAGACGGUAUUCCAAACAAACUCAACAAUCUAAAAAUCACAACAUCGUUUUUUUGUUUUCCGACUUGCCAACAAAUUCGCAACAAAUGCGUAUGUUUGCAGGCAAACGCGUUUUAGAUUCUGACAUUUUUCUUGAUGCUAUAAUGCCACCACAUCUGUUUGAUCAGUUCUGUCAUCAUGCCAGGUUAUCUCUGUACUGGAUUGACAUUUCAUCACUGAACAGACCAUGUUAUAAAAAGCCUGGUUGUCACCAACAUCAAGUGGAUACCAACAGUAUUGAAAUCAUCACAAAAAGUUUAAGUCACAUCAAGGGUACAGCACUAACUGUGGAUAGCCUUGUAAACCUAGGUUCUACCUAUGGAAAUUAUUCAAAAGUUGUGGUUAAGUCAAGGCAAAGAAGAGUUUCAGCUGAAGGUUUUCUCUCUGGUGAAACAUCUGAUUCACAGACGAAAGAGAGUGCUGACCAUGAUCAAACAAAGAAGGCACAUGUGUCAGUCCACAAGUCUCUUGCAUCGAUCUUCUCAUCGUACUCUGUGAUACAGGGACUGGCAGAUAGCCAGAGACAAUGUGAACCAAGCACAAGACAAUGUGAACCAAGCACAGGUUCACAUACAGCCUGUCUGCAGCUGACAACAGGUGUAAACUUAAAGUUGGAGCCUGUGUCAGAAUCCAAGAAAAGUAAUGUCUUCAGCAGUCCACAGAACACAUAUCCCAGUACUCAGGAGUUUGUCGCUGAACCGCAUCAGAAGCUGGUGAAAGUACAUCUCAGUAAGGAUGAUGCUCCACUGACCAGCUUGACCGUUCUGUCAAACAGUGUUUCAUUACCCAGAAACCUACAGCUGGCUGUUCACAGUUGCAUACCAAAGUGUAUGUAUUCAACACACUCUACAGCAGGCGCAUCAGGCUUCUGGGCCUCAGUGUGUGGUCAAGGGGAGACAAUUUCAUCAGACAACACACGCAGGCUGUUUCAAGAUCUGUUGCAAGGUUUAGCACUAAAGGACAGUCUUUUGGUGCUGACAGUUCAGUCUGGUGGCCAUGCCUCCCCCCUCCUAGCUGUACUGGAUACCGUGUCUCCCCGCACAGCUGUCCUCACACUGCUGCCCCUGGGGGCCACACUACAGGUGGAGAAGGCCUGUCUCUCACAGUCUGAGAUGUGUUCUUCUCCACCUGAUGUUGUUCAAACUGAGAGUCGUCUCCACAACCUGCAUGCUGCAUUGAAGAAGGAAUGUCAGUCUGUAAAGGGGAAGAUCUCGGCUGGAGGACCUCACAGGAAAUGCAGAAAGUCAGGGGUACUAACUGCGGACACACCUGGGUGUUAUAACCCUCAGGUUACCAACCCCUGGCAUCUCCCUGGCACCUCCAAAGGUCUGCCAGCUCUCAUCAAUAAACUCAACAACAGACUCAAGGACCUGGAUUUUCUAACAUCAGCUGAAAAGGAGACGCUUAAAGCUCUUCAGAAAAUGUAUCGGAAAGACAACCAACCACAAGCCUUGAUACAGAGAUCACGACAACAGCCAGACACUACGCAGACAGGAAAAGCUGGAGACCAAGAUGAUGAGAUGGUGGACAGACAGGAGGGGAAGACGAGAAAUUCCAAGCUGAACCGCGGGAUGAUGAUGGUGUGUCGAAGCAAGGCAGCUGUAAAGAAGAACACCAAAACAGAGGAGGAUUCAUCUCAGGUGGACAAACAGACUGAGAGACAGAACAUUGAUGUCACCAAUUUAGACCUGCAGACGGAGGAGAGUGUCGGUCAGUACCUGAAGGAUCUCUACAACCGGACAUUGGACAUAGAGGAUGGGCUGGAGUCCUGUGUGCAGAUGAUGGUCACUGUGGCCGUGCAUUUCAUGAAGGAGAAACAUGCCGAUAAUCCAGAGGUUCAGGCUGUGGAGCUGGUACAGCGAGAGGUGGGCGUGUCCAGUGUGGCACUGAGGGAGAAGUAUCAGAGUAAGGCCUCCGACACGGACAAGACCAUGAAGAUGACAGAAUACAAGCUGCAGACUCUGUUGUUGCUGGAGAUGGAGUCGGCUGUCCUCAGUGCCGAGGAUUCUCAUAUAGAGAAGUGUGUGGACGAGGUGGUGAACCUUUUGAGGACUUUAUCAUUCAUCACGGACCCUGGCUUUGUACCCAAGUUCCUCAAUAAUGUCAUUGUUACCAGUUACACUGCAACGCUGCCAAGACUGUUGGUCAGUGUGUAUGAUGAACUGAUGCAGCCCUUACCGGACUCCCUUGCCAUGUUUGCUUCCCCGAACAAAAGUGCUGACUCAUCAGUCCUGAAUGAGUCUCUCCAGAGCCAUGACAGUAUAGCUGAACCUGGUUCACAGUCUGAUGUCUUACAGUCCCAGUCCAGUAGAAACCUCAGGAACAGAAAGCUGCAGCAUCCAAGCCUGUCGGAUUAUGGUAGCCGAAAGCAGAUCAUGGUCCACAAGAAGCCUGCCAAUGCUAAACCCAAGGAGGAGAAAAUAAAGAGGCAGAAGAGUGUACAGCCUACAACUAAGACCAAGAAAAACAAGGGAAAAUCAGACAUGGUGAAAGUACGGAGAAACCUGUUUGAAGGCGACCAGCCCAAGCUGGAGAGACGGCAAUCUGUAGCCGUGAUGGAAAGAACAAGAAAAUCUCCUCGAAAAAAGGUCACAUCAACCUCUUUCAGAAGUCCUAAAGCCUCCAAGUCUCCAGGGGUCAAGCGGCGGUCAGUAGCGGAGACACCAGCACACAAGCAGCGGUCUAAUGCUGUGUGGAAUCGUCUGGACAACAAGCGGAAGCGAACCAACACAGAGGAGGAGGUGGAAAUAGUGAUGGAGUCCCCCAUGAAGCAGUGUGAAGACAAUUUCAAGAAAGUGAGUCCAUCUCGGAACAAGCAUGCGGUGAAUAUGAUGCGGAGAUCAUUCUACUCAGCAGGGCCACGGAACAGGUCACGGAAUCUUACCAAGUAUUUCCAGUUUGCAGACAAGAUUGCUGGUCGACAACAGCGGGCAUCUGUUGGGGAUGUCUCUAAAUGUGGAUCUGAACCUAGACCCCAAACCAGUUUCAAAUCACCAUCGCGUUCCUCCUUUCUCAUGUCUCAGCUCAUGGGCAGCCCUUCCCCACGACACAAGACGCCAAGUAAAUCUCACACAGCCACCACUCCGAAACACAUGGUCCAAGAAUCACCCGUUCGGGGUAAAAGAUCCAAAACACCAAAGAAAUUUUCAAAAGUGCUCUUAUUUGAUAGUCCUAAACGUCCAUCGGUUCCUGUACAUGAACACGAGUCUUCUGACAUUAUGAUGACAAGUCCAAGCAAACGACACAGGACGCCUAAGAAGCAAGGACAGGUGAAUGUACUGUGUGCUGCGUCACCAUAUCAUAACACCAGGUCGCACACUCCCAGCAGGUCAAGAGGCUCCACACAUGACCACAAUACCAAUGCCUUCCCUGUAUCUGCUGACAACAUACCUAUUCCGUCCACUCCAAAACAAACACCUCAUCGUCAUACAUCAACACCCUCCCUCCUGUCUCCUCCCCCUGGUCCUCCACUCACCCCCCAGAGAUCCAUCCUCAAGUCUUCGCAGUCAUCAGCAGCUAAGAGGAUUCUGGAUCUGCCCUCAACUCCUCAAAGGACACCCAAGUUGUCGCAAGGACAUGUUCCAGAGUCUCCCAGUCAGAACACGCGAUCUAAGGGAUCCACCCCAAGUCGCACAUCAGUAUGUACUGCACUGUUUAUGAAGAGCCCUAAAGAAAGGGUAACACCCAGAACUAAACUAUUCAGGGAUGUUAGGGCACCCUCAGACAGAGGUUCUCCAUGCAGGCGUGUACACUUUGAUGAUGAUGGUUGUGAUGUUGAAAAUUCAGAACAGAGAGAGUCCGAUGUUGUUGUGACCCACGGUGAAAGAAAGAUGUCCGAUAAGUCAUCAACACGAAUUUCAUUUCUGAGUAUGGACGGUUCUGUUACCUCAUUGAACCUGGAUAUACCAGCAGUUACGUGUCCUGCAUCGAAGUCAGAGCAAGUGCAGAGGACACCGUCACCUCAGAAGCAACCGAAAGUGAAAACACCGGACUCUUUUGAUAAGUGGCCUAGAAGGAAGAGACGUUGGGCAUCCCCAACUCAACCACCUUGCCAGAAGGAGAAUCUCCAUGCAGGCAGCAGUCCAGCCAAGGAAGACAGAGGCAGCACAGUUUCAGGAACUGAACCUACAACCGAACACAAAGUUAGUAAUGUAUCCAGGAAGAGGAGUUUUGUUGAGACCAUCCAAGACUCAUCUACUAUGUAUUCAGCUUGUAAAAGAUCCAAAACAUCAUGGUCAGAAUCUGUUUCUUUUAAAGAUUCAAAGGACACUCGGUACUGCCUUCAUCGGCGAGUGACUUCACUUCCCAGUGUAAAUGAACAGCUACCAUCAGAAACCAAUUCCAGUGUGGUGUCCUCCGGCUUGGACUACUUCUCUGCCACCAAUGAUGAUGUCUUCUUGCCCAGUGACAGCCAGGAGAUGCAUAGUGUUGCACUGGACUCUAGUGGUCAAGCUUCUGGACACUCUCGCCCUCACUCAAUGAGAAACAGAAGUCAGGUCCACAGUUUCCCCAGAUCAGAGUCCCCUGUAUUUGGAUCUAGUCCAAGCAUAUCACGAUUGCUCCAAGAUCAACAUACCAUAUCCAGUACAUCCAGUCAGGGAUUUGAUGUGAACACUGAGGAGGAAGAAGAAUUACCAUCUUCUCCAAAGUUCCAAACAAGUCCAGCACUGACAAACAAACCAUCAAAAACUAUUUCUUCUCCCCAAGCCUCAACUGCCUUUGUCUCGCCAGUUCGACAGUCAUCAAGAACAAACAAGUCGACCCCUUCUCCUAAUUCUCGGUCACCCUCAUCUUUUCAGAUGUCGCCAUUUCCACGCACAUCAUCUGUUGCAGAAUCUCCUCGAGAGCGUAAAUUCUCCCCUUCUGUAUCGGCCCGAAGCCUUGUCCUUCUUAUGAACUCUCCCAUUAUCAAAGCAGAUGGGAAUCAGAUUAAAUCCCCCCAAGAGAAAAGACAUUCCUCACAUAAUCCACACUUGAAGUCACGGAAAUCACUGAAUCUGCACAAAUGACAAUUGUAAUUAUAGAUAGUAACAUUGUGUUUUCAUGUUACCAUGGUUAACAGUAUCUCUUCAAAGUAUUCAGUUUGUAAAAAUGAUGAAAGCUCUUAGAUCAAUUAAUGUAUAUAUUUCAAUCAUGGGUUUCAGCAGCAUUGAUCACAUAGGUUCACAAUAAUGCAAUUGUGGCCAAACCACUUUUAUGACUAAGCCUUUUAAUAUAUUAACCCGCGGUCAUCAGAGAGGCAUAUACAUUUUUGUGUGUAAUUUUAUGCAAGGUUGGACAGUUUGCAUAAAUAAGUCUUUCAAAUGCAGAAUUUGAUUUUUCUGAACUGAAAGGGACGAUUAUACAGCCUGAUAUUAAUGUUUGGGACAUGUGUGAAAGGCAAGUUGAUGGACUUCUCUGUAUGGUGGAAUGGAGCCUGUGUCAUGAAUGGGCCUUUUACAUUCAUGCAGAACUUUAUUGUAGAAAGGUAGAACUUUACCUAAAUCAUGUCAAUGCAGAAUUAAUUUAUAUUGUUCACUGUUUCACCUCUUCAGCAUGGAUUUUGAUUAAGAUUUACAUGGGUUGCACAUAAAGAACAUAAUCCAUUUUUCUUCAAAUGCUUAAGACUUCUAUUAUUUUCUAUACAGUUAUAACACUGUUAAAAACUAGCAUUAAGACAAGCUCGUUUUGUUUCUUUUUAUCAGAUCUUACAGGCCAAUUACAAAUAAUAUAAUACAUUUCAAGAUGUCAAAGUGUUGUAAAUGUUAAAUAAAUAAUAUUGUAAUUAGAUGUAUUAUCUCCUUUAGUCAAAUAUGAAGUAAAGAGGCUUCACGUGUGAAACCCUGAAUCAGUAUCUGCAGUGUCAGAAUAUCAAAAUAAUCUUGUAUAUCAGCAUUAUGUUUCAUAAUAAUUUCAUGGCUCCUCCUGGAACUUGUUACCAGAAAAUAUGUACGAGUUGCCGUUAGAUAGACAUACAUUUGCUCAAAUUCAUCUAUGUUGGUGAUAAUUAUGUAACUCAUUGGUCUGUGAAAGCUGGAAGAUCAGAUUUGUAGGUUUGUGUAUGAACUUAUCAAUGAUCAUUUUCAAAUAGGAAUCCCAAACAUUAUGUGGAUUAAUUGUUUAAUCUACAUUCAAGAAGUUCAUGAGUAAAUAAUGAAGCAUACAACUUUAUGCAAAACAACUGCAUGUUUAUUGCAUAAAGCAACAUUUCAAACUAGUUUCUUACAUUUUUUCCAAACUGACAUUGGACUUUGUAAUAAACAGCAGUUGCUAUCCACAGAGUUGUAUGCUUCGUUAUUUACAUGGAUUACCCUGUCCAUGUGAAAACAUCUGAACCAGACAUUUUCUUCAAAGACAAACUUUAUUUCACAAGUUCUUAGAGUUUGUAGCUGCUUCUCCUUGAAUGAGGCACAGGUAUUUAGUUGUUCAUAUUUUCUGUCAGUUUUAUUUUAUUCCAAUGUGCAGCAAAUUUAUAU